CUGGUAUAAAUUCAUACACUACUUUCUAAAUAUAAUUUCUAUAUAUAAGGAAAUUUCGUCUCGGCAUCAGUUCGGUCUGAGGAUUACGACCCUGACAUAUAUACUUAAUUGUUUAUUGUUGAGAGUCUAUACUGUAGGCCAAAGAAAGGUCAAUGGAUAGGAAUUAAUUGGGUUAACAUUGACUCGGACCUUUCAUGAUAUCUACAGUGUAUGUAUGACUAGACGUAUGGCGUGUUCAUAUAUUAUGGCUGAUUAAUCGUACGAUGACUGUGGCUGUUGGUCUAGACCGCAUAAGGCAGAUAGAAACAAAUCUACAAGGGAAGUAAGAUCAAAAAUGGGAUUGAAGUUGUUCACCACCACUGUGGUGCUAUUCGCAAUGUGGAUUGCCUACUCAUGGAUUGACCUAUUCGACCCAGUUAUGGUUCGUGGGAAAAGAGUGUUGGUCACUGGAGCCAGCACUGGUAUAGGUGAACAGUUAGCAUAUCAAUACGCAGGAAUGGGGGCGAAGGUCAUGGUGACGGCGAGAAGAGAGGAUGUGUUGAAAAAGGUUGUUGCCAAAUGCAAGGAGAUCAGUGGAAAACCACAGCAAUACUACGUCACUGGUGACAUGUCACGACUAGAAGAUGCUGAAAUGAUUAUGCAGGCAGUAAAGGAGAAACUCGGAGGCCUUGAUAUCCUCGUUCUUAACCACGUAGGGCCGUUUGACUUCGGAUGGUUUUCGGGGAAGGAGAAUCUGACAAGAUUCAAUUAUAAGACGACAGUUAACUAUAUAUCCUACGUUCACCUAGCUGCUUAUGCCUUACCUUUAUUGAGAGAAAGUCCUGGGAGCAGUAUUGUAGUCAUAUCCUCAGUCGCUGGAGUAAUAGGAAUGCCACCUAAUGCCGAGUACGCCGCAUCAAAGUUCGCAUUGAGAGGAUUCUUCCAGAGUCUUGCCGCACAAUUUGAAAUCUUGGAACAGGACACCUCAGUUACCGUGUGCUUUUUAGGACCAAUUGAUACAGCUUCUGCUGUCAGAGUGUUACAAACGACGAGCAUCGUUGGUAAGAAUUUCAGCAGCUCCAAUGCUAUCAGUUUGGCUGAUGUUUCGUCCACAGCAUUGGCAGUCGUAAAGGCAGGGGCGCUGAAACAAGAAGAAAUGUUUUAUCCAUAUUAUUUUAAAGUUGUUAAUUUCCCCGGAUUACAAAGAAUAGUAAAGUACUUUGCAAAUAAGUCAUUUAAGAAAGGCUGGAGAGAGACAUCUGAGGACACGAAAUGAACUAAGGACUGUUACAAGAGCAUAACAUAUAAGGUUGACAACAGUGGUGGUUCUCGACACACCGCCAUGUAAUGGCCGGAAUGGAACUUGCGUGUCUGGCUUAUACAUGGAAAGACUUUUUUAUGCCUCCUUAUUAAAUCGACAUGUAUCAACGUCCUUAACUGAUUGAACGUUUAAGAUUGUCAGUCAUCAAAAAGAGUUAUUAAAUGCAGCAUGUAUGACAAAAAGUACAUGUAGGUCAACAAAAACGACAACACGACCUUUGUAUUUUGUGGCAUGAAAUCUGCUCUAACUUGUAGACCGUGUAUCAGAUGGACCUGACUGGCAAUUAAUUUUGGAAGAAGCAAUAUCUGAAUAGUCGGUGAUGAAGAUUACAAUAAGUUUUAGGUGCGAGCAGGCUGUGAAUAAAGACAAUAGACAGUGUAUUGGGCUAGGCCUGAGUUAUGUUAACUGCUAAAAAGGAGCAAAAUAACGUAAUGAUGCAAAAGUU